UUUCAUGAAAACAGGAUUGAGUUUUCGUAAAAUUAAAUAAGAAUACGAAUAAAACAUUUAAAAGAAGAAAAAAAAAGGAAGAUAUUCCUGUUUCGAUAACGAGAUGUAUUUUCAGACUUUUCAUUUUUUGCAUACAUAUGCGAAUAUAAACAAGUAUUUUUAAAACAAUGUAAAUACACGGAAAAUACAAAGGGAAAAUGUAAAUGUUAAUUAAAAUAAAAUCAUUCUUUUCUUUUUUUUUUUUUUUGAUUUCCAAUUCGCUCAUCGAUUUCACGUAUCUCGUUGUAACAGGAAUAAGGAAUAAAUUCCAUGAUUCUCCAUUAAUUAAUACGCUGACUAUUUCUUCUUAUCAAUCGAAAUAUUAAUCGAAUAAAAUAAUUAAAAAGAAGAUGUGUACAUAAAAACUAAAAAAAGAAAAACUAAAAUUCGAAAGUCAAAACUGUUUUCAGAAAUGAUUUUCAGAAAAGAAGAAAAAAAUCGUUUCCAUAUAAAGAUAUCCAUUCCGUAUCCGUGAUCACGAUUGCAAGUCACGAAGAUAUCGAUAUCGCGUUAAAAUAAAACUUACAACAGUCACGUGUACAUGUGACAAAGGAAAGCUAACGAUCGGCCGGUCAAUUAUGAGAUAACACGAGUUUAUGACACGCGAUGCGCGACAUGCAAAUUCUUCCCGAUGGCUCGCCAGUUGUACGCCAUGUCGAUUACUUUCCUCCGUUGUGAGAGAUGAUCGAGAAUUUUGACGAAAAAAGAAAAAAAAGUAACGAAAUAGGGAAAAAGAAAAAAAAGGAAAAAAGAGACAAACUGCGUUGAUACGAGGAAUUGAUUAGGUCAUCCCCGCGGCAACCAAUGGACAAACACAAAUGAAACAGAGAGAAAGCUGGCUUUCGGUUUCGAGACCGCCCUCAGUCGCUUGACUAAUUUCCGCACGCGAUAUCCUGACCUCGAGACGCAUCGAGUACACGAUCGAAACCUAGCUAGAGCACCGACUAAUUACUUAUCGUGAGAAGAUUAGCUGCUAAUUUCGACGUUUCUCUCUUUCUUCCUAUCGAUUAAGAAAAAUCGUUUCGUGGAAGGAGCGUUGGUGGAGAAGCUGAAGUGAGGGAGAAAAAAAGGAGGAAUACGAAUUAUGUUAUAGAAUCGAAGUGAAAAAUCGUUCGAAAUGAGAUUCGUGGAACUUACAAUUGCGACGUGUUGGUUCCUUGGAUUAUGCGGGAAAUCUGCAAUUUACGGGCAAAGGACUGUCGCGAGCAAUCGUGAACCGGCGAAAACUAGACCUGUUAAUAUAUUCAUUAUCAACGACGAGACGAAUAAAGUAGCUAACCUGAGCAUAAUAACCGCCUUGGAAACAAUCAAAGAAAAUUACCCUAAUCAGCUGGGCAAUGUGUGGAGCGUGCAGGUGAACGAAUCUGACAUAAACAACACCCUCGAUCGCGUCUGCAAUAAUUGGGAUUCCGCCGUGGAAAAAGGAGGCGCCAAAGUGCCAGAUUUGGUGAUAGACACAACGACAGCUGGCUUAGGCGCCAAGAUAUCUAACUCGUUCACAGCUGCCUUAGGAAUUCCCACAUUGUCCGCGCAAUACGGCCAAGUAGGGGAUCUUCAAUACUGGAGGAAACUGAACACAGAUCAGCAAAAUUACCUGAUUCAAGUGAUGCCUCCGACAGAUUUGAUACCGGAGGUAAUCAGACAAUUGUCCAUCCAACUGAACAUCACCAACGCUGCCAUUCUUUACGAUUACAAUUUCGUGAUGGAUCAUAAAUAUAAAAGCCUGUUGUUAAACGUACCGACCCGGCACGUGAUCAACGAAACAUCCCAACAAAUAAUAGAAAUGAAAAGACAAUUGCUUCGUUUACGGGACUUGGAUAUAGUUAAUUACUUUAUUCUGGGCAACGAGAAUACGAUUAACAUAGCUCUCGAAGCUGCGGACGCAUUGAAUUUCACCGAUAAGAAGUACGGUUGGUUCUUAUUAACGCCCGAUAUUAACAUUUGGCCGAGAUGCGAAUGCAGAGAUAUAAGCGUCCUCUUUAUGAAGCCAGAAUUCGAUGGGAAAAACAACUCGGCCGUGGAACUUUCGUUGCCGAAACCGAUUUUAUUAUCUGCAUUCUAUUAUGAUAUAAUUCGAUUGGCCGUUCUCGCGAUGAAAUCGGCCUUGGACGAUGGGGAAUGGCCUGUGGAGCCGAGGCACAUCACCUGUGACGAGUACAAUAAUACGAACACGCCCGAGAGGAAGUUGAAUUUUUUCGGCAAAUUAAAAGAAGCUUAUAAAAAUAUAACGCCAACAUACGCGGGUAUUAAAUGGGGAUCGAGGAACGGAGAGCACCAAGCUAAAUUCGUGAUGUCUGUCCACUUGGUGGGCAUAAAGGAUGGAGUUGUUUCGAAUACUAUCGACAGUGGAUCUUGGAACGCAAGCAUUUCUUCACCAUUACAGUUAACAAACAACGACGUAAUGAAUACCACAGCGGUGAAAAGCUAUCGAGUGGUCACUGUAAUUCAUCCGCCAUUUGUAAUGUACAACGAGGAGAAGAACGAGUAUUAUGGUUUUUGCAUCGAUCUUCUCAACGAGAUUAAGAAAACGGUAGGCUUUCAGUACGAAAUACGAGAAACAGAUGAUAAGAAAUAUGGGAGUCUAAAUUUAGACGGAAGUUGGAACGGAAUGAUGAGGGAAUUGAUCGAGAAACGAGCUGACAUCGCGUUGGGUUCUCUCUGGGUCACAGCGGAGAGAGAAAGGGUGGUGGAUUUCACAGUGCCUUACUACGAUCUCGUCGGCCUCUCUAUCAUGAUGCUGAAAACGAAGACCACCACCUCUUUAUUUAAAUUCCUCACGGUAUUGGAGAACGAGGUCUGGUUCUGCAUCUUGGCCGCCUAUCUCUUCACCAGUGUCUUGUUGUGGAUCUUCGAUCGUUGGUCACCAUAUAGCUACCAGAAUAAUCGGGAGAAAUACAAGAAUGACGAUGAAAAGAGGGAGUUCAACUUGAGGGAGUGUUUCUGGUUCUGCAUGACUUCUUUGACCCCACAAGGCGGUGGAGAAGCUCCGAAAAAUCUUUCCGGUCGACUGGUCGCCGCCACUUGGUGGUUGUUUGGUUUCAUAAUCAUCGCCUCUUAUACGGCAAAUUUAGCGGCGUUUUUGACAGUAUCCAGAUUGGAAAUUCCGAUCGAAACGUUAGAGGAUCUUAGCAAACAGUAUAAGAUUCAAUAUGCACCGGUCAUAAAUUCCUCGGCUUAUAUUUAUUUCAAGAGAAUGGCUAAUAUAGAGUGGAAAUUCUACGAAAUUUGGAAGGAGAUGAGCCUUAACGACAGUUUGUCAGACGUGGAGAGAGCCAAUUUGGCAGUGUGGGAUUAUCCUGUCAGUGACAAGUACACAAAAAUGUUGCAAGCCAUGGAGGAGGCAGGAUUUCCGGCCUCGACGGAAGAAGCACUUCGACGAGUUCGACGUCUCGAUUCCAAUAACGAAUUUGCUUAUAUAGAAGAUUCAACAACUAUUAAGUAUCUUACCAUGACGAAUUGUGAUCUGAUUCAAGUAGGAGAAGAUUUUUCGAGGAAGCCUUACGCGAUUGCUGUUCAACGAGGAUCGCCUUUGAAAGAUCAAUUUAAUAACGCAAUCUUGAUACUAUUAAACAAGAGGAAAUUAGAAAAAUUAAAAGAUAAAUGGUGGAAGAAGAAUCCGAGCAAAAAAGAUUGCGACGCAGAAAACAGUCAAAGUGACGGUAUAAGUAUUCAUAAUAUCGGAGGAGUGUUUGUAGUCAUAUUUCUAGGUAUCAUUUUUGCUUGUUUCACUUUGGCAUUUGAGUACUGGUAUUAUAGACACCGUACGAAGAUCACGAAAAUCGAUCGAAACAAUACGAUGAAAAAUAAAAUCACACAAGUAAAACCACUCAGAUUUAAUUUACAACCGGCGCCUACGCAUGCUUUUCAAAAUGCCCAAUUCAGACCAAGAUUUUGAAUGUGUUCGUGACAAAAAAGAAAAUAAAAUAUUGACAAAUAAAUUAUUCUAUAUUGUAGAUAUAUUAUACUUCGAUUUUAAUAUUUAUUGCUGUUU